UGGCGGGUCCGCGCCGCGGGAGCCCAAGUUGCUCUGCGGGACCUAGGGACCCACGGGCUCAGCGACCGCCCGCCGAUCGCGUGGUGCGCGGCCGCUGCGGAGCUGCCCGCGACAGGUGCGAACUCAGGGGAUCCUCUGGGCCGUCCGGUCCUCGCUGUCGGGGCGUCGCGCCCGGGCCCGGCCGGCUGCCGGUGGAUGCGCGUCCGCUGAGCGUCCGAGAUGGCCGUGCGUCCUGGGCCGCUCUGGCUGCUGGGCCUGGCUCUGUGCGCUCUGGGCGGCGGCCACGGCCCGCGUCCCCCACACACCUGUCCCCAGCGUCGCCUGGGAGCGCGCGAGCGCCGAGACAUGCAGCGAGAGAUCCUGGCGGUGCUCGGGCUGCCUGGGCGGCCCCGACCCCGUGUGCCACCUGCUGCCUCCCGGCAGCCAGCGUCCGCGCCGCUCUUCAUGCUGGACCUGUACCACGCCAUGGCCGAUGACGACGACGGCGGGCCCCCUCAGCCUCACUUGGGCCGCGCCGACCUGGUCAUGAGCUUCGUCAAUAUGGUGGAGCGAGACCGUACCCUGGACUACCAGGAGCCACACUGGAAGGAAUUCCUCUUUGACCUAACCCAAAUCCCUGCUGGGGAGGCUGUCACAGCGGCUGAGUUCCGGAUAUAUAAAGAACCCAGCACCCACCCACUCAACACAACUCUCCAUGUCAGCAUGUUCGAGGUGGUCCAGGAGCACUCCAACAGGGAGUCUGACUUGUUCUUUUUGGAUCUUCAGACGCUUCGAUCUGGGGACGAAGGCUGGCUGGUGCUGGACAUCACAGCAGCCAGUGACCGAUGGUUGCUGAACCAUAACAAGGACCUGGGACUCCGCCUCUAUGUGGAAACUGAGGAUGGGCACAGCAUAGAUCCUGGCCUGGCCGGUCUGCUGGGACAACAAGCUCCACAAUCCAGACAGCCUUUCCUGGUCACCUUCUUCAGGGCCAGCCCGAGUCCUGUGCGGGCCCCGCGGGCAGCGAGGCCACUGAAGAGGAGGCAGCCAAAGAAAACGAACGAGCUUCCACAUCCCAACAAACUCCCGGGGAUCUUUGAUGGUCAUGGCGCCCGAGGCAGAGAUGUUUGCCGCAGGCACGAGCUCUACGUCAGCUUCCGGGACCUCGGCUGGCUGGACUGGGUCAUCGCCCCCCAGGGCUACUCAGCCUAUUACUGCGAGGGGGAGUGUGCCUUCCCACUGGACUCCUGUAUGAAUGCCACCAACCAUGCCAUCUUACAGUCCUUGGUGCACCUGAUGAAGCCAGACAUCGUCCCCAAGGCGUGCUGCGCGCCCACCAAACUGAGUGCCACCUCUGUGCUCUACUACGACAGCAGCAACAACGUCAUCCUGCGCAAGCACCGCAACAUGGUGGUCAAGGCCUGUGGCUGCCACUGAGACCCAGCUCAGGCGCCUGCUUCUGCUACCUUACCCGGCUGGUGUGGUCAGGCCCCUUUCCAGAGGCAGGAAACUCUCUUAUGCUAUCAUAGCUCAGACAGGGGCAGCAGGAGGCCCUUACUUCCCCUGGCCACUUCCUGCUAAAAUUUUGGUCCUUUCCCAGCUCCUCUAUCCCCGUCUUGGGGUUUGUGGCCUAUGGCCCUCCCUCUCCCGGUCCCCCUACCCCAAGCACAGACUGAAUGCACACGGCAUCCCAGAGCUGUGCCGACUGAGGAUCUGGGGUCAGCACUGAAGACCUACGUGAGAGGAAGACUGUUCCUCGACCAUCCCCAGCCCAGAAUGGCCGAUUCCGGAUGGUCUGAGGUGGCCCUGGAGUCUGAAACUGGCUGAUCUGGGCUCCGCACCAUUCCCUGUGGCAGUGGGGGCGUGUCUGGGUAUAACAGAAGCACACUUAGACCAAGGCCUAGCUC